AAAUUUUAAAUAAAACAUACGCGCAACACGAAUGAAAUACUCUUUGCGAAUGGCGGCGUCUUUAGCAGGCAAGUCACGGGAGGGGAAAGGGGAGAGGGUGGACGAAGAGAUGUGAGCUCGGGUACGGAGAGACGUAAGCGCGGGGUCGGAGAAACGUAAGCGCGGGGACGAUGAGCCGUAAGCGCGGGAAUUCAAGUUCGGAGCCUGUUCCGAGGCGAGGCCAUUACGUUAUUAUUCCGAUUAGUGUGCGUUGCAGUAGGGAGUUUAAGGACGCGUUUGCAGUUUGAGCAAAAUUAAGCUGUUUUUCGGUACAUUUUGCGACUAAACCAAGCCAAAUCAAAUAUGACAAAUAACUCCUAGUUAUAGCUUGGGUCUUCAACUAUAAACGCGAGGAAGGUUUUUUUUGAAAAAAUAAAUUUUUGAUAUCAUAAAAAAGUUAUUUCGUAACCCCUUUCUACAAAAUUCAUGAUUCCGGGUCAAGUUUAGGUACAAUUUUCUACUAAGAAUAAAGUAAUUUAAUAUUGAUUUAUUUUUUGUAAAUAGGCAAACAUAGUCAAGAUUAAAUGUGAGGAAAAAAAAUACAGUAUUGUGCUAUGAAUAAGGUUAGAAAAAAUAAAAACAAAACCAAUUUUUUUCACAUAUUUUGCUACUAACGAUGAGUCUUAACAGCUUGAAAUAGGGGUUAUUUUAUUUGUAUUCCUUCCGACCCACGAUUGUGCGAAAGCCUCAUUCUGAGUCAGUCUGCGCUCGGCCGCCGUCGUGAGAGGACACUGUAUCGCUCGUUUCCAGCUGCUCGUGUUGAAAAAGAUCGCUGUAUAAAUACAAAAUAUUCGACUAACCAAAUUUGAUCCUUCUAAGGUAAGAUUAUUGAUUUUUAUCAUUACACCAAAAUAUUAUGCAAUAUUGUAAAUAUUUCACUAAAAAAUAACGUUUCAUCGCACGUGAUCAUGAAGUACUUUGGUGACUGCUAACGUGGAGUGACCUGAAGGUAUAUCCUCGGUGUCUGCUACUGGAACUCCGCGACGAAUAUAUCUAGGUGUACCGAGUUUGGGCUCGUUUUGUUAGCUAUGAUGAGACCUUACCACCGGACUUGAUGGAGUGACCUGAAGGUAUACCCUCGGUGUCUGCUACUGGAACUCCGCGACGAAUUGAGUCAGAUGUACCGAGUUUGGACUCGUUUUGUGUGUUAUGAAGAGACUUUACCACCGGACUUGAUGGAGUAACCUGAAGGUAUACCCUCGGUGUCUGCUACUGGAACUCCGCGACGAAUAGAUCUAGGUGUACCGAGUUUGGGCUCGUUUUGUUAGCUAUGAUGAGACCUUACCACCGGACUUGGUGAAGUGACCUGAAGGUAUACCCUCGGUGUCUGCUACUGGAACUCCGCGACGAAUAGAUCUAGGUGUACCGAGUUUGGGCUCGUUUUGUUAGCUAUGAUGAGACCUUACCACCGGACUUGAUGAAGUGACCUGAAGGUAUACCCUCGGUGUCUGCUACUGGAACUCCGUGACGAAUAGAUCUAGGUGUACCGAGUUUGGGCUCGUUUUGUUAGCUAUGAUGAGACCUUACCACCGGACUUGAUGAAGUGACCUGAAGGUAUACCCUCGGUGUCUGCUACUGGAACUCCGUGACGAAUAGAUCUAGGUGUACCGAGUUUGGGCUCGUUUUGUUAGCUAUGAUGAGACCUUACCACCGGACUUGAUGAAGUGACCUGAAGGUAUACCCUCGGUGUCUGCUACUGGAACUCCGAGACAAAUAGAUCUAGGUGUACCGAGUUUGGGCUCGUUUUGUUAGCUAUGAUGAGACCUUACCACCGGACUUGAUGGAGUGACCUGAAGGUAUACCCUCGGUGUCUGCUACUGGAACUCCGCGACGAAUAGAUCUAGGUGUACCGAGUUUGGGCUCGUUUUGUUAGCUAUGAUGAGACCUUACCACCGGACUAGAUGAAGUGACCUGAAGGUAUACCCUCGGUGUCUGCUACUGAAACUCUGCGACGAAUAGAGUUAGGUGUACCGAGUUUGGACUCGUUUUUUUAUUAUUAUUUUUUUUUUUUUUUAUAAUAAAAUGUUUGAGUACAUAAUAACUAUGAAUAUUCAAUUGUUGUUAUAGAUGCCGAGAAGUCGAACGUUUGGCAAAAGCUCUCGUAAACAAGUGCUUUCCAGAAAAAAUGCAUUGGAAAAUAUAAGACGGUAAUCAUUUGUUUAUGGAAUGCUCAUCAUAAUUGAGAACUGUCAAAUUAAUUCGUUUGUUUUCACAGACUUCGAGAAGUGAGUCGCAAUUCUAGUGACAUAAGUGAGGUGCAUUCAGAAGAAACAGAUUGUAGUACUUCCAAUAACAAUGACUUGGAGACAUCUUACACCGCUGUGGAUGAAGAAAAAGUAACCUAUCAGAUUUCAGGAAGAAGGCUUAUUGAAAUGGCUUAUUUUAUGGAGCAAUUACAAGGAAUCAGCAAUCAUAAGUCUAUGUUUAAUUGUAAUUUGAGUACAAUUGAACUAUUGAGUGAAAAAAGGUCUGGGCUUCACUCGACCUUUUCAAUUAAAUGCAAAAUGUGUGGUGCUGAAUUCACGUUAGAAUCAUCCAAAAAAACUGAAAAUAAAAUGGACGUGAAUGAAGAAAUUGUCGCUGGUAUAAUGACGAUUGGUGCUGGGGUUACACAGCUUAAUACUGUUUUGUGUCAUGUAAAUAUGCCACCAAUGUCAGUACGAUUGUACCAAGCUAAGCAUGACAUAAUAAGUCGGUGGUGGAAAAAGGCUGCGCAGCACUACAUGAUCGAGGCGGGUAAAGAGGAGAAAGACAAUGCUUUAGCUAUUGGAAGUGUAAAUACAGAUGGGUUAGCUAUGAUACCUGUAUCGGGUGAUGCAUGUUGGUCCAAGCGCUCUUAUGGAACCAAUUACAGUGCUUCCUCCGGUGUUGGUGCAAUCGUAGGCAUGCACUCAAAAAAAGUAUUAUAUUAUGGUGUCAAAAAUAAAUUCUGCAAUAUCUGUGCACGAGCAGAAAAUAAAGGGGCAUUACCUAGGAAACAUGCUUGUUUUAAAAAUUUUCAAGGUCCUUCUACCGCUAUAGAAGCAGUUGUAAUAACAGAGGGCUUCAAAAAGUCCAUUGGUAUGCAUGGACUUAUCUACCACCAGUUUAUAGCAGAUGGUGAUUCAAGCACUUAUGCUAGCAUUAGGAACGCAAGGCCUUAUGAUAACAUAACUGUGGGUAAAAUCGAAUGUAAAAAUCAUUUACUAAGAAAUUACUGCAAAGGCCUGCUAGCAAUUUGUAGUAAUACUUCUUUCCACAUAAGGGGCCGAAAGAUUCUGAAAGAAAAUUAUUUGCGUAUACGUUGGGGCAUUGAUAGUAGCGUCAAAUAUUGGUCCAAUAAAAACGUUGCUUUCGAAGAAAAGGCAAGAGGUAUCAAAAAUGAUAUAAUAAAUGGUCCCUAUCAUAUAUUUGGUGAUCACUCCAACUGCGCAACUUAUUUUUGUAGUGAUGACGUCAAAAAACGCAACGUGAAUAAUAUGGUGCCAGAACUGACAGCUUACGGGGUCUUUCAAAAAGUUGAAGAUUUGGCCCAACGUCUUUCACUGCAUUCCUGUAGUUUUGUUUACAAUGAAACAAAUAAUGCAGUGGAAAGUUUUAAUGCACGAGUUGCAAAAUUUAUAGGAGGCAAAAGAGUGAACUUUACCCAGCGGGGGUCCUAUCUUGCUCGUUGUGCUGCAGCCGUGGUGUCCUAUAACACGGGUGUCCUUCAGUCGGCAGUACACAAAUAUAUUUUUGGCACAGAUGCCAAUCCCGAAAUUGUUCGGCUAGAAAAAUUACGCCAAAAUUUAAAUCAAAAAAGGCACAACAGAAAAAUUAAAAAGAAAAAGAAUCCAAAGCCAUCUGCAUCUAAAGAUGCCUAUUAUGGUGAAAGUUGCCAAAAGGUGGACAUGAACGAGGAAGAAUUUGAAGAGGCCAAAAAUAAAUUUUUAAAUGCAUUAGAACUUUCGGAGACUGAAAAGGUAAAUUUAGAAAGGGACACAGUUUUGCAGAGUGGCAGUACAUUAUGGCUAGAAACUAGAAGGAAACUGCUGACAGCGUCGUGGUUCGCAGCAGUCUGUAAACGUCGCAUAACCACUGAGUGUGGACCACUAAUAAAACAAAUAUUGUAUCAGAAAGACUUAAGCAAUAUCCCGUCAAUAAAACAUGGCAGAAGCAAUGAAGCGACUGCCAUCCGCGAACUUGCAGCGAUCUUGAAUAUGCCCAUUGAAAAGUGCGGGUUGUUCAUAGACCGAGAAUUUCCCUUUCUUGGAGCAACCCCCGACGGAAAGUGUGAGAUUGGAAUAAUAGAAAUAAAAUGUCCAUCUUCGGCAUAUGGUUUGGAGCCAGACGAUGCCAUUAAACUCAAAAAAGUUGAUUUUUGGUUGCCUAGUGAUAAUUUAUUUACGGUAAACAAAAAACAUAAAUGGUAUUACCAAAUACAAGGACAGCUACGCAUUACUAGGCAAGACACUUGCGUGUUUGCUAUUUGGACGGGCCCUGGCAAAGUCAAAUAUGAGUACAUACAAAGAGAUGAACAAUUUUGGAAGGAAAAAAUGGAGAUAAAUUUAAUUAGUUUUUACCAAAAUUGUCUUCUUCCAGAAUUGAUUGACCCAAGAAUGUCACGGAAUAUGAAGCUGAGGGUACAUUCCUCGCACUUAAAAAAAAAUAUUCUAGGGCUGAAAAAUUUGUGAAUAAAUUAAAAUGAAUCCAAAA